UUUCUGCAAUCUUUACAAUUAUUAUGAACAUUUAGGAAAAUCAAAGGAAAAUGCAUAAACAAAAUUUAUAUUAUACAUUGCUUAGGACUCGCUGGAUUAGAUAUUAAACGCUGAAUUAAAGACACCGACGACAGGGUAUUCCCAGACCCAAAACAAACGCCAGAAAAAUUCGCUAUUCAGAAGGAAAGUCCAACAGAUCGCUUUUGUGUUGGUUGGGGUGCAUGAAAAACAGCAACGUCAACUCCGGGGGAAGAGCUCCAAUCUGAAAUGAGAUGCAAAGAAGACGCCUUCAUCAAUCGGACCAGCAGGAUUACAGCAGCACCAGCACCUAUACAAUUCAAGCAGCAGCGGAUCAGCAGGGAGGACCAACAGGACCAGCAGGAUUUGGAGGAUCAGGAGCAGUUGGCGGAUCGGGAGGUCUUCUAGCUCAGCCUCUGGUUUAUCCCACCCAACCCGUGGCCUUUGAGUCAACUAUCCAAAUCGGAGAAUCUGGUCAAUCUUUGGCACCAGACUCCGACGACAAGUACGGAAAAGCGGCCCGCCAGUGGAAUCUUCGAGCCUUUUCUGGCCAGGCCUUGCGUACAUUGAGCGCCGCUGCGGCUGUGGUUACAGGAAAUCAGCCAGGCGCCAAUAAUAACAACCAGGACAGUUAUAACUAUUCGGCUUCCAUUCCCUCCAGUCGGCAGGGAUUUAUUCAAUCAGAGGAACACUUUGAACCCGAACCUGAACCAGAAAUAUUCGUGAUGGCAGCUAGAGAUAGGACGGGAGAGUUCGCUAAUGCGAUAAGAUCGCUGCAGGCGAGAAACAUAACACGGGCGGUGAAUAUCCGGGAUCCACGCAAGGCCAAGCAGGUGCAGAGUUACUCGGAGUUCAUGAUGGUUGCCAAAUUUGUCGGCAAGAAUAUAGCCAGUACCUAUGCCAAACUUGAAAAGCUCACAAUGCUGGCCAAAAAGAAGAGCUUAUUCGAUGACAGACCGCAGGAGAUCCAAGAACUGACUUAUAUCAUAAAGGGAGAUCUGAACGCCUUGAACCAACAGAUUGCCCGACUACAGGACAUCUCAAAGGACCAGCGACGUCACGCUAGCGGCAAGCAUCUGGUCUCACAUUCCUCAAAUAUGGUUCUGGCCCUGCAAUCCAAGCUGGCUAGCAUGAGUACCGACUUCAAGCAGAUACUGGAGGUAAGGACCGAAAAUCUGAAACAACAGAAGACACGGAGGGAUCAGUUCAGCCAGGGACCAGGUCCACUGGCAGCUCACACCGUCUCGCCGUCUACUGCAAAACAAGGAUCGCUGUUACUGAGCGAAGAGAACCAGGCUGUGAGCAUAGAUAUGGGCAGCAGCGAUACAACACCCCUCCUGUCAACACAGACCCAGAUGGCCAUCUACGAUGAGUCGGAUAGCUAUGUACAACAACGAGCCGAGACCAUGCAAAAUAUAGAAUCUACGAUUGUGGAACUGGGAGGCAUUUUCCAACAACUUGCGCAUAUGGUUAAGGAACAGGAGGAGAUCGUUGAGCGUAUUGACACGAAUGUGGCGGAUGCUGAGCUUAACAUUGAGGCGGCGCAUGGAGAAAUUCUUAAAUAUUUCCAAUCGGUUUCCAAAAAUCGCUGGCUUAUGAUUAAGAUAUUCGGCGUUCUCAUAUUCUUCUUCCUGUUCUUUGUUGUUUUUAUGUCAUAAUUAAAGCCAAUUACCCGCCCCAGCAUCCCCAUGUACCUACCCUUGUAUACAGCAUUCUAAUUUAACCAAGUUCUAUCACAAUCUAUAGUUUAGUCCAAACUGUGGCCUCCCGGAAAUAUUGUAAAAUAAAGUUAUAACGAUACGUACAAAA